CACUUUUUAACGGCAGAUGGGGUGACGAAGUAUAAAACUGGGAAAUUCCAUUAAAACCUCACAGGGUUUUUUCAUUUAGAUUUCUAUAUCGCAACUCAAGAGGCAGAACUCCUGUAUGUCACCGUGCCAGCCUCCCCCAGCUGUCUUCAGACGAAACCCAUUCCUACGCACCGGCAACAACGAACCUGGUCAGGACUAUAAGGAGACUAACCUGCAAGGAGGAAGUGCAGCUAACCACACAGAAGGUUCAGUAUGUCAAGCCCAACACCAGCUGAAGAUGAGGUGCCAGCAAUCCAAACAGGCCCCAAGGGUGUAAUCAAUGACUGGAGGAAGUUCAAGUGUGAGGACCAGGACACCCCUCCAAGCAAGAAGGCGCUCCUCAGACAGAUAUCCAACCCCCAGAGCGAUGACGUCCACGACAGACUCAACCGCAAGAUGAGUGUCCAGGAGUACGAGAUGAUCGCAGAGGAGGAUGAGAAGGGCCUGCGAAAGUACCGCAAGCAGUGCAUGAAGGAGAUGCACGAGCGAUUCAGCUUUGGGCCGACGUUUGACAGCGUGGUGGAGCUGGACAAUGGCGAGGCCUUCCUGGAGGUCAUUGAGAAGGAGCACCGGCUCACCCUGGUAGUCGUCCACAUCUACAAGGACGGAGUCAAAGGUUGCGAGGCGCUCAACUCCUGCCUAGAUUGCCUGGCCACCGAGUACCCCAGCAUCAAGUUCUGCCGCAUCGAGGCGGCCGCAACGGGUGCAAGCGAGCGUUUCUCAGAUGACGUGCUGCCCGCCAUGCUGGUUUACAAGGCAGGCGAGCUACUAGGAAACUUCCUGUCCAUGACACAGCACCUCAGCGAGGAGUUCUUCGCCGCCGAUAUCGAGGCGUUCCUCAAUGAAUACGGCCUCCUGCCCGAGAAGGAGUUUGUGGCCUGUCCUGAUGAGGAGGAGGCAGGUGUUGAGGUGGAGUAAGGUUUUUUUUAAUAUAGGGAGUCAGUGACAGUCAGUGCACAUUUCUGGACCCAUUAGCCUACUGUAAAUGCAAUCUUUUUAAACAGCCUCCAGUCAGCUUCAGUUUACCACAGGCAGUGUCCAUUAACUUGAGAAAAGCUACAGAUUUAACCAUUGUAUUGGUAUAUGAUUGAUAAGUAUGACAACGCAAUCUUUGUGUGAGGUUGUGUUGGCGUCACAGUAUGUGAUCCGGUUAGAGUAAUGCACCCCAUUUUAUGGCUUAGGUUUGUUUAUCAUCUAAUGUCAUUGUAUUUUCUGCUAUAUUGAUGUUUGAAAUCUAAAAGGGAUAAAGUGUUAACCCCAAGUCAGUCAUUAAAAGCAGAAUUUCCCCAUGGAAGUGUUGGUUGGUUUCUCUGUCUAGUUGUUUUACUGCUAUUAACUAACAGCAUUUAACAUGAAUAGAACACACACCAAAAGUGAGUUACUUUGAACGGACUUCUUUAUUCUGCUCAAUUCCGUCAUAGAUGAAUACAUAAAAUACAGUAUUUGCGAUAUUAAGGCCAAGCAUGAACGAUCCUUUGGGAGGAUCAAAGCAUUGAAUAAUGCCCAUCAUACCAAGCAUAACCAUACAAGACCAUACCGUAGGCCUAAGUCAUUGCAACAAAAAAACAUGUCCGUUGUUCGCUGUGCCAGCACUGUGGUUGAGGAGAGGUUCGAUUACGGUUGGCCUGAGGCAAUAUGUGAGGACAGAGCUGAAAGUUUAUGAUUGGCACACAUCAGAAUAUCUGUUGAUGACUGAAUGAACUGAACAACAAAAAGCGGGUCCAUUUUCCCCAUAAUAUGGAAGGGGAAUUUUGAAUAUAUGGCAUUAGACAUACUUUCUGAAAGACAUUAAAUCAUACGCUGUAC